AAACAUUUUGACAGACUUCUUUUUAUACGUCAUCUUUCGAAGCCGGUUGACUUCCAAAUCCAAAACCAAGUUAAAGGGUUUAUCUUGCAAAGUUUUUGCAAUUGUUAUUUAUAAAAUGCUGUGAAUUUUUUUCCUUUUUCUUAAUUGAUUCCUUGUUUUUGUGAGAUCGUUUUCUUUCAUUCAAAAUGCUGCAUAUUCGAAGCGCCUCUCUAUUUUGUAGUGUUUUGAUAUCAAUGCUUAUUUUAUGUAUGAGUGAAGAUUUACUUGAAGAUGAUAUACCUGUAGUUGAAGGUGAUGGUGGUAUUAUUAAAACUGCUGUAGAAGGGGAUGUGCUGAUUUUAACUAAGGAAAAUUUUGAUAUUCAAGUAUCUUCUAAAGAUAUUAUGCUCGUAGAAUUCUAUGCACCAUGGUGUGGUCACUGUAAAGCUCUUGAACCAGAAUAUGCGAAAGCUGCAAAAAUAUUGAAAGAGGAAGCAAGUUCCAUUUAUCUGGCAAAAGUGGAUGCAACCACUGAAGCAGAACUAGCAUCUCGGUUUGAUGUAUCUGGUUACCCAACUAUGUUCAUAUUUAAAAAAGGAGUGAAGGUUCCUUAUGAUGGCCCACGUACUGCUUUAGGAAUUGUUGAGUACAUGAAAGAAAGAUCAGAUCCUAACUGGAAGCCACCACCAGAGGCUGUUAUUACUUUAAACAAAGAAAAUUUUGAAGAUAUUGUUAGCAAUGCUGCUAUAAUAUUAGUAGAAUUUUAUGCACCUUGGUGUGGCCAUUGCAAGCAAUUAGCACCAGAGUAUGAAAGAGCUGCUAAAGUGCUUAAAAGUUCUGUUCCACCUGUCCCAUUAGCGAAAAUAGAUGGUAUUGAAGAGAAGGAAUUGGCAGAAAAGUAUGAAGCUAGAGGCUGGCCAACGCUUAUGAUUUUCCGAAAAGGACGCAAAUAUGAUUAUGAAGGACCUAGAGAUGAAUCUGGCAUUGUCAAUUACAUGAAAGAACAGGCCAAGCCACCAAGCCAAGAAGUUAAAUCUGUCAAAGAUCUAAAAAAAUCAAUUGGGAAAAUUGAUACUACAAUAGUUGGAUAUUUUGAUUCUGAAACAGAAUCUUUUUAUGAAAAUUAUGUCGAAGCAGCAAAUUCUCUAAGAAGCAAGUUUACAUUCCUACAUUCAUUUAGCAAAGAUGUACUAAAGUAUUCUGGCUCUGAAAAGCAAAAGAUUAUUUUGUAUAAACCAGAAUUGUUUUCUUCAGAAUUUGAGAAAAAACAAUUUGAGUUAGAUGAUAUUAAUUCUUCUCCUGGUGAUAUAUCAAAAUUUAUUAAAGAUCAUGCCUUACCAUUAGUUGGAGAGCGAAGUCAUAAAAGCAUGUGGAAAUACCAAAACAAAUAUCCUAUUGUUGUUGUAUAUUAUGAUGUUGAUUUUGGUUUUGAUUAUAGAAAACAAACUCAACUUAUUCGAAAGGAAGUUGUUAAAGUGGCCAAAGAUUACAAGGCAAAAAUCACUUUUGCUAUUUCAAAUGAAAAUGAAUUUGAAGAUGAAUUGAAUCAACUUGGCUUAGCUGACAGUGGUGAAGAUGUCAAUGUUGGUUACUAUGAAAGUGCUAAAAUUCGUUACCGAAUGGAACCUGUUGAAGAUUUUAGUGCAGAUGAACUGCGAGAGUUUGUACGUGAUGUUCUUGCAGGCAAUGUAAAAAAGCAUAUUAAAUCUCAACCUGUACCAAAAGAAAACAAAGGGCCUGUUACUACGAUAGUCGGCUCAUCUUUUGACAGUCUUAUUACUCAAAGCAAAAAAGAUGUUUUGGUUGAAUUCUAUGCCCCUUGGUGUGGCCAUUGCAAGAAACUUGAUCCAGAGUACAAAAAAUUAGGAAAAGCUUUCUCAAAUCAUGAUAAGCUGCUUGUUGCUAAAAUUGAUGCUACUGCUAACGAUUUUCCCAGUGAAUACAAAGUCGAUGGUUUUCCAACCAUUUAUUAUGUUCCUGCUCAUGACAAGAAAAACUUAAUUGUUUAUGAGGGUGAACGCAACCUUGAAGCAAUGACUAAAUUUGUGAAUGAUCAACUAUCAAAAAGUACUGAAAAAGAUGAAUUAUGAGUGUCAAAGUUUACACAAACAAAACAACUAUGAUGCAAAUAUCUCAGCAAAUAAUAGUUAAACAAAUUUUGUUACAUGGUCUAAUGUUUUGUCCUUUUUUAUGGUAUAAGUUACGUUUGUCUUUUUUAAAUAUAUUAAUUGUAUUAAAUUACAAUUUUUUUUUCUAUUUGUGAUGCCUUAUUUAAUUAAGGUUCAUGAUUUUUUCUUUGUAAAUAACAUUGUACCAUAUUUUAAAUAAUUCUAAAGAUAUUUUUUAUAAUAAUGUAUUCGUUAUACUACAACUUUUGAUAAAGAAAUAGCUUCAUUGAACAAAUGAGAAGUUACUGUAUUGUAUUUUUAUUCUGUAACUCAAUUGAACUCUUUUAUUUUAAAAUCAUUGUAUGAAAGGCCCUUUUGCUUUUGUAAAUAUUUAAAGAAAUUGCUGGUCAAUGCAGUGUUAUCUUAUCAUUAUCAUUGGAGUCUUCCAUAUUAUUUUCUUGUGCAUACUAUAGGAUUGGACAAUAAAGUUUUCAAUGUGAUUCUUA